AUGGACCUGAAGGACUACUUUAGAAGGAUUGGGUUCAGUGGCCGGUAUGAGAAACCUGACCUGGCCACGCUCUCCACCGUACACAAGCUGCAUGUGCUGAGCAUUCCCUUCGAAAAUCUCAGCAUCCACUGUGGAGAGAAGAUCACUAUGGACCUGCAGGUCAUCUAUGACAAAAUUGUUCGCAGCCACCGUGGAGGAUGGUGCUGUGAGAACAACUUCCUCUUCUCCUGGGUUCUGAGAGAGAUGGGCUACAAAUACACUACACUGAGCUCCAAGGUCUUCGAUACAUUUAACAAUGACUUCGACGACAUGGAUUCACAUUUCAUCAACAUGAUCGAGAUCGAUGGCAAGCUGUACAUCGCUGAUGUGGGUUUUGGCACAUGGGGUCAACUCUGGCACCCAAUAGAAAUGAUCGCAGGCAAGGACCAACCUCAGCCUCCAGGGGUGUUCCGCCUACUUAACGACGAUGAGCGGUGGACCCUGGAAAAAACGGGGAGGAAACCGCUGAUCCUGAACGAGGCCUUCGCCAACUGCAGCCUUGCCAACCAACACCUGAAGAAGACCGUGUACAGCUUCACUUUAACGCCACGCAGCCAUGACUAUUUUCUGAAGAAAGCCGAACACCUACAGACCAGUCCUGAGUCUUUGUACACCAAAAAAUCCAUCUGUUCCUUACAGCUUGCCACAGGCUUCAGAGCUUUGAUUGGUUGGACCUACAUUGAGGUCAAAUUCAACUCUGAAGAUGAUGUGGACCUCACUGAUAUAAAGGACAUACCAGAUAGUGAGGUAGAGAUUGUACUAAGGGAAAAGUUUAAUGUUACUUUGCUAAAUAAACUAACACCUAAAAACAAGAAAAUAUAGGAAAUGAUUAGGGCAUGUAUUGUGUGUUGUGCUUAUUUUUUAAAAAUCAAAUAUUCCUAAACAUUCUAAAAUUACCGAUCCACAUU